AUGGCUGAACAAAGAACACUAAGGCAGCUUGCUGCUCCUGAUGUCAAUUACAAUGGUCUAUGCAUUCAAUAUACUGACGUUGAUAUUCCUUUUGAAUUGAAAUCUGGUUUAAUACACUUGUUGCCAAGGUUUAAUGGUCUUGCAGGUGAGGACCCGCACAAGCAUUUAAAGGAAUUUCAGGUUUUGUGCUCCACACCAUUGAGGCCCGAAGGUAUCACGGAAGACCACAUCAAGUUGAGAGCCUUUCCAUUCUCAUUACAAGGUGCUGCUAAAGACUGGCUCUACUACCUUGAGCCAAAUUCUGUUUCAACUUGGAAUGAUCUGAAGAAGGUCUUUCUAGAGAGAUACUUUCCCGCUUCUAGAGCAGCAUCAAUCAGAAAAGAAAUAUGCGGGUUGCUACCAAUGGAUCGAAACAUUUUGGAUGCUGCAAGUGGUGGAGCACUUGUUGAUAAAACUCCAGCUGCUGCAAAGGCCUUGAUCGAAAACAUGUCACUCAACUCGCAACAGUUUACAACCAGAAAUAAUUCUGCAAGUGUAAAUGAGAUUCAGUCUUCCUCUUCCUCCAUCAAGGCGCUCGAAACCAAGUUUGAUGCUAGAAUUGAUGAACUUACUUCCUUGGUGAAAAAAAUGGCAGUUAGCAAAGCUCAACCAGCAAAAGUGUGUGGUAUUUGUACUUCUUCUGAGCACCCGACUGAUACAUGCCCCAUUCUACAAAAUGAAACAAUAAUUGAGCUUCCUCAAGCAUAUACAGCAGCAGCCCUUUACAAUCAAAACAGGAACAACAAUCCUGACCUCUCCACCAACAAAUAUCACCCUAGUUGGAGGAAUCAUCAAAACCUCCAAUAUGGGAAUCAGUCACAAGCUGCAGCCCCUGCUGCCCCACCAGCCACUUCUUCGCUGGAAGACCUUGUCAAGCAAUUGGCACAACGAACAGAUGCUAGCAUUCAGAACCUGACAACGCAGAUGGGACAAAUGGCCAAUGCAAUAGGCCAACUACAAGCUCAAGGCUCGGGUAACCUUCCUGCACAAACAGUGCCGAAUCCGAAUGUGAAUGUGAGUGCAAUUACUUUGAGAUCCGGAAGAGUGUCAGAACCAGCUCCAGAGAAAAAGAAGAAGAAAACCGUUACAUCAUCAUCUGCUCCUGAACCUCCUUCUGUUACAAUUGAGACCGAACCCGAAAAAGAAAGAGUAUAUGUGCCACCAAUUCCUUUUCCUCAAAGGGUGCAGAAAAAUAUCAAGAAGACAGUUGAGGAAGACAAGGAGAUUUUAAAUGUAUUCAGAAAAUGUGCGGUUAACAUUCCUCUCCUUGAUGCAAUUAAACAGAUUCCUAAAUAUGCAAAAUUCCUGAAAGACUUGUGCACACACAAGAGGAAGUUGAAGGGAAAUGAGAGAGUCAGUUUGGGACGAAAUGUUUCUGCUUUCAUUCAGCCCAAAACUGGUUCCUCAGCUAAUGUCUCAGUUCUCAGUCAGACCAUGCCAGAAAAGUGUGAUGAUCCAGGAGUUUUUGGUAUUCCCUGUUCCAUUGGGGAUCACAAGUUUGAAAAUUGUAUGCUUGAUCUGGGAGCAGGUAUUAAUGUUAUGCCUACUUCUAUUUAUAAUAACCUUGAUCUUGGUCCUUUGCAGCCUACAGGUUUAAUCGUGCAAUUAGCAAACAGGAGCAAUGCCCGCCCUGCUGGGAAGGUAGAAGAUGUCCUGGUGCAAGUUAAUGACUUGAUUCUUCCUGCAGAUUUCUACAUUCUAGACAUGGAGGGAGAAACUAAUUCCAGCAGGGCACCCAUCAUUCUAGGCCGACCAUUCAUGAGAACGGCAAGAACAAAAGUUGAUGUUUAUGAUGGAACCAUGUCCAUGGAGUUUGGCGACAUUGUCGCUAAGUUUAACAUUUUUGAUGCCAUGAAACAUCCCGUGGAAGAACAUUCUGUUUUUUAUAUGGAUUUAGUUACUAACACUAACCUUUGCUCUGUUUGUGCUAAGAUUGAAUCUGAUUUGCAGGAUAAUAACAUUCAUACAGGUGAAGUUGUUGUCAAUGAGGCAGUUUGUACGGUUAAAGUUCUUGACAUUCCGGUUGCCCCAACCAAACACUCCCAUGAUAAAGAAAAGACUACGCACUUCCAUGAUAAGAUGAUUUCCAAAAAGAAAUUUUCUGUUGGCCAAAAAGUCUUGCUGUUUAAGUCUCGCCUGAAAGAUAUGGUUGGUAAGUUUCUAUCCAAGUGGAUUGGCCCCUUUGUCGUGACUAAUGUUUUUCCUUCUGGUGCUAUAGAAAUUAAAAGUACAGGUACUGGCAAGGUUUUCAAAGCAAAAGGACAGCGGUUGAAGCUGCUCCAUAAAAGUGUGGAAGGGCUUCCACCAAAACCACCAGACAUAGAUGCACCAGCACCAGCCGCUACACCUUAG